CACCCCCUCUAUUUUAUCAUACUUAAUCUUUACGGCCGUUUCUUUGUUUUUUUCUCCUCAUUCGUAAACUUUUUGUGCUUAUCUUUUGACACGCACGGGACGCUUUUAAUUUAGAUUGCACAGAUUGCGAAAAUACUAAAAAUCGUUCAGCUUCGUUGACUGAUUACAACAAGAAACAUUAAAAUAAUUAAAAAGCGACGAAUAUUUAGGAUAUAUAAACACUAUGAGCCCAGGAAAUAUUUCCAAGGAUAUACAACAUGACCAGUAAAUAAGAAAACCAAACAAAUAAUAUUUAUUGCACCGUGGACUAAAACACAAAUCGACGCAUCGAAAAAAUGUCUUUCAAUUCGAAUCAAUCCAAUAACAAGGAAGAGGGCCAGGAGUAUGGUCUGAUAACACCAAACAUGGAGGUGGAUGAGCAGAGUCAAGAUCAGGAUCCUACAAUAAGUGUGCAAGUUAUGAACAAUUCCAAUAGUGUUCUCAAGAAAAUUGCCAACCUGUAUGCCGAGCAAUUAAUGUCGGAUAUUAUCUUGGUUGUGGGUGAACAACAAUAUCCCGCCCACCGUGUCAUACUCUGUGCCAGCAGUGAUGUAUUUCAAGUGAUGCUAAUGAAUCCCGAAUGGAAUGAAUGCCGCAAAAGAGUAAUAGAACUUGUUGAAGAACCAUGCUGCGAGGCGGUAUUUCCACAAUUUCUCAAGUAUUUAUAUGUGGGCAAAAUCGAUAUAUCAUUGAGUACUGUGAUGCCAAUGCUGGCCUUGGCCCACAAGUACAAUGUUCAGGAUCUGGUCGACCUUUGUGUACAAUAUAUGAUGAAACACAUUGCCAAAGCAGCUACACAAGGUUUUCUAGUAUCAUGGCUACAGUAUACUAUUGCUUUUAGUCCACAACAUAAAGAACUAACGGAAGCUUUGAAACGGUUUCUAAAAUGGAAUUUGGAAAUUGUAUCGGAAUCCAGAGAUUUUGUUGAACUGGAUGUUAGUGUCAUGGCAAUUUUAUUGCAACAAAAUGAUUUGGUUGUGAGCAGUGAAUACAAGCUAUUUGGAAUACUACAGAAUUGGUUGUUGCAGCGUAAAGAUUUGCUUGAUAAUGAUGAUUCCCUGACAGAUGCUGAAAAGCAGGAGCAUUUCAUUGCGUUGGUGGAACAGACAGUGGUACAUAUACGAUUUGCCAUGAUGACACCUCGAGAGCUGGCCCAUUUGCUUAUAUUUCCUCUGUUGGAAUAUCACAAAGAGUACAUAGUACAACGCAUGGCCAUUGGAAUGUCAUAUCAAUCGGGUCAAGAGGAACGGGUGCAGGAGGUGCGGAAUUCUCAAGAUGGUUGUCUUCAGUUUACUCCGCGCUUGUAUUUGAAUGAUACCUGGAGCAUUAGCAAAAUGGUUAAUAAUUUCGAUAUGAUUGAGAAGUAUAGUAAUUAUGUUACAUGCUUCUUCACGCCGGGAAAUAUUGCGGAGACAGAAGAUGAGCAACCAUUCACCUGGGAAGUGGAAUUCUUUCCGCGAGGUAUUAAAUACAACAAAGCCAAAAUGGUUUGGGGGGAGGAUGUUCCAGAAGUUUCCAUUAAUACAGUACGUGUAAGAGUUACAUGUAAACAUUUGCAGGUGGAAGAGAAACGAUUUAAGAUUGCAUGUCUCAUAACUGGUGUACAAAAUAAAAUUGAUCAUAUCCUAACGCUACAUGAACGCACUGAAUAUUUUUCAAGUAAAUCACGUGUGGUGAAUAUUGACAACCUAAUACCCUACGACGAAUUGGCAUUAUCUUCCAUUAAUCUAUCGCCACAUUUGGUGGGUCCAAAUCGUAAUAAUUUAGAACUGCAAGUUAUUAUUGUGCCCAUGGGUCCCUAUACCUGCCGUAACACACCAUCAUUUGAUUUUAAAUGAAUUUUCGGUUUAAAGUUAUUCGACUGAAUCAAAAGAACAGAAACAAAAGAAAACAAAACGACUGACUACACUCCGUAACUUGUGUGCAACCAUCCCUAAGUGCAUCCCCCUUUAUUAUUUUCAAUUCUUUCUAAGUGAUAUGCCAUCAAAUACUAACCACAGACAUCUAACAAAUUGUUAUGAUUUUUUUUGCUUUAAAAUGAAUUUAAUUAAUUUCUUAAUUAGUUCAUGUUGUGUUAUUUGAUUUUAUUAUAAUGUUUAAGUUAAAGAUUUCUACCAAUGUCUGGUUAAGGUAUUUUAAAUGGAAAUUUUAUUCCAUGGUUAUGUCUAAAAACUGGAGUUUAAAACGACAACUGUUCCAUUGCUACUUUCCCUUACAAAUUUGAAAAUCUACGUUCUAAAGAUCGUUAUAAUAUUUUUAGUUCGGUAAUGGGCUUUAGAUAAAUGUGCAGUGCUUUAAUUACGUUUUUCUUUUUGUUUUGUAUAAUAACACUAAAACAAAAAUGAACGUCAUUUUCACCAGAACAAGUAUAGAGUAUUAGAUAAGUUUGGCAUGAAUUGUAUAUUUUUUCCAAAACUAGUGUUAUUUUGCCAUUUUCUCAUAAUCGUGAAAUUUUAAAUGUAAUUAAUUCCAAAAUAAAUACCUUUUUAUAGGCGAAAUAAAAACAAGUAUAUUACUCUUUCA